AACCCACUUAAAAAACCAGCCAUCUUCCCCAUUUCUCUCACAAGACCUUGCCUUUCUUUCCAAGAAACACCCUUUCUUCUUUAUUACUACUCUGAAUCAGUCACCAUUCAACUACUAUAUUUCUUCUUGAUUUCUUGAUCUAUUUAUUUAAAGAUUAAAACUCUGUGUUUAAUUGCACACAAGACUAAGGGGGUGUGAUCGAAUUACAAAAUAGAAGAGGAAUGGUCUUGCCUUUGUUGAAACUGGGAACACUUGCGUUGAAGACUAUUAGUAAGCCCAUUGCUGCUAGACUCAAAGCUGAAGCUGGGUUGCAUCCUAGGUUCCGUCAAUCCAUCAUCAACAUUGCUCAGGCAAAUCAUAGGUUCACUACAACUAUUCAAAGGCGCAUCUAUGGUCAUGCAACAGAUGUUGAGAUUCGCCCUCUAAACGAAGAAAAAGCUGUUCAAGCUGCUGUAGACCUUAUUGGGGAACUGUUUGUAUUCUCGGUUGCAGGAGCUGCUGUUAUCUUUGAGGUACAGAGGAGUGCCAGGUCAGAAGCUAGAAAGGAGGCAAUACGUAGGCAAGAAGUAGAGGAACUGAGGCAACGAGAUGAAGAGUUGGCAAAAGACGUGGAAGUCCUUAAGAACAAGCUUCAGGAAUUUGAGCAGGUUUUCAAGUCCAAACAAGCUUCGACUGGAGGUGACAAAUUAGCAAAACAAUCCUAACGUGUCAUUAUAUCUAGGCUGCUAAUAAUUCAUAUACAGAUAUGUACUGCCAAUAAUUCAUCAGUCCGCUCUUUUUGAGGAAACCUAAUUCUUUUCAGCAUUGUGUUGGCGACUCUGUUGGCCUCGCCAAUUUCGAUUUGUAUAUUAUAAAUUAAAUCUGAGGUUCUAUUUGUAUUGGCGAAGAAAGCAUGCAUCUUUUUGGUGUGGGAAGAGAGUUUUGACAAAUGAAGAUGAGGCUUGUAUUGCUGUU